UAGUUAGUUGUCUGGCACUCGCGUAUUCAGCCCCAUUUCAUAUUUUCUCCCUCAAAAUAUCUUCUCUCCGGCAUUACAGAGUUCGAGUUCCCGUCUCUUUAGCGUCUCACGGAAUCUGGGAGUUCAGAUUUCCAACUACAUGGCCUCCUUUGAUGGGCCGAAGUUUUGGAUGAGCGAUGGCUCGUGCGUGCAGACGAAGGCCAUUGACGUUGUAUCAUCAACUGACAUCUCCUCUUACCUUUCUCGCUUAAGAGAGGAUUCGAUCCAGAAUGGGAAACGGGCAGUCAUCUUCGAUCUGUAUUGGGAUGUCGAGUUUCUUGACACAGACAACAACAAGAAUAAAUGGCGCCUAUCCUCGGUGAAGCUCAGCACGAGAAACCUAUGUCUCUUACUCAAACUACCGAACCCGUUUCAGGACAACAUUAAGGAUCUGUUCCGUUUCUUUGCUUCCAAGUUUGUGACUUUUGCCGGGGUACAGAUCGAGGAAGACCUCACAUUGCUCAAAGAGACUCACGAUAUUGUGAUAAGAAAUGCCACAGAGUUGGGGAAAUUCGCUGCUAAAGUCCGAGGAGUCCCUGUGCUUGAAUUCCUUGGUACCAGAGACCUGGCACAGAGAAUUCUUUGGUAUGAUUUGAGCCGGUUGGACUCGAUUCAGUCUAAAUGGGAUGAGAUGGGUUCUAACGAGCGCCUUGAGGCUGCCGCAAUUGAAGGUUGGCUUAUCUUCAAUGUCUGGGAUCAAUUAUCACAGUGAAUCCAUGUUUCAAGUCUUUGGAUUGAAAUGGGUGAUUGUUGAAUGAACUGAACAAGGAAGUGUAUGCAGUUUGUGUUUGACACUUUUGUGGUUUUCUUGUUGAAUAAUACAUACGUGGGUCUGUUCCUGUUGUCUUCAAGAGCGCCCAUCGUGUAUAAAUAAGGAUUUCCUGCGAGAAAAGAAAAAGGCUUAAAACCUUGUA